AAGUACCAAAUAGGGACAUAUAACCACAUCACCCAUUUGCGGCCGUUUCAUUUUAUAUAAUUUCAUCAUCGUUCCCCUUCACCUUCCCCUGCGAGCAGUAGCAGCAGGACGGCUUGCAUCGGCAGCCAAUUACAGCGCCGUCAACAUUUCCAAGAAGUUGCUUCUGCUCAUUCUGGUCUCAGCAGGCAGCUAUUUGACGACGGAUGUGUAAAAAGAGUGAGAGAGUGUCUGGUAUAUGGGUAUGGCACUUGUAGUGAGGACUACCAUUAGUUUUCUGCCUUCCAAGCACAGGAUCUGUCCAUCUCUGGCUACAACCACCACCAAGAGGUUUAUAGCAGUUUCCAUCUCUUCCCCAACAAUGGCCUCCUUGAAGGCCUCUCCUGUUCCUGCCCUGAGCCUUUCAGAGACCUUCUCUAGGUUGAAGAAACAGGGAAAGGUAGCCUUUAUACCUUAUAUUACUGCAGGAGAUCCUGAUCUUUCAACAACUGCAGAAGCAUUGAAAGUUCUUGAUUCUUGUGGCUCUGACAUCAUUGAAUUGGGAGUACCAUUUUCUGACCCUUUGGCUGAUGGACCAGUUAUUCAGGCAGCUGCUACACGUGCUCUGGCAAAAGGUGCAAAUUUUGAUGCAAUUGUUGCUAUGCUAAGAGAGGUCAUCCCUCAAAUAUCUUGUCCAGUUGCUUUGUUUACUUAUUACAAUCCUAUCCUGAGACGUGGAGUUGAGAAAUUCAUGGAUAUCCUACACGAUGCAAGUGUCAAGGGCUUGGUUGUUCCGGAUGUUCCUCUAGAAGAGACCGAAAUUUUGAGAAAAGAAGCCACCAAAAAGGAUAUUGAAUUGGUUCUAUUGACGACGCCUACUACACCAACGCAUCGAAUGAAAGCCAUAGCUGAUGCUUCACAAGGAUUCCUCUACCUUGUGAGUUCAACAGGUGUCACUGGUGCUCGUGCUUCAGUGAGUGAGUCUGUUCAGACUCUUCUUCGUGAUAUAAAGGAGGUGACGGAUAAACCUGUGGCUGUUGGUUUUGGUAUAUCAAAACCAGAGCAUGUAUCCCAGAUAGCUGAAUGGGGUUCUGAUGGCGUUAUUGUUGGAAGUGCUAUGGUGAAAGUGUUGGCUGAGGCAAAGUCUCCUGAUGAAGGACUCAAGAAUCUCGAGACUUUCACCAAGUCCUUAAAGGAUGCCCUUCCAUAAUGCAAUUUUGUAAUGUCCUAGCAAUUUGAUCAGGUCGAUCAUGAAUGUCAUGUCUCCAGCAUUUAUGCAAUUGUGAACUUUGGACAGGUAGAAUUAGUAUGGACGAGCUGAAAGAGAUGGUUCCAAUUA